GGUUUUAAAUUUUAAAAUGGCAACCCCAAGUUUGUCGAAUAUUGUAUUGUCAUAAAUUUGUCUGCAGACGUUACGGAGUUAUCUCGGUGAAAGGAGUGCGCAAAGUUAAUAAUGGCUUUUAUAAAUAUUAUAUCAAUUAAUAGUUGUAUCCCUUCACUGCUGCUCAUACUGCUGGUGUCAGCUCAAACGAAGACGCAGCCCGCGCUGGUGUCUCCGUGCCCUAGUGUCUUCGAAUACGACACAAGCAUACAGCAUCCGGGUAGAUGGUACGGCGUUAUCAAGCUAUCAAGCGACUACACUAUCCACUCGUUGUGGUUGAACAUACAUCUGGACAACUAUUCUGAGGCGCUUAAGAACUGUCUAGGGAGCGUGACGCAGGAGAACAAAUACAAAUUUAUGAUCAACAGAACGGAUUUCGUAAUCCACCCCGGCGAAGUGAAGAAAGUACAGAUUUAUGUCGAAUAUAACAUUACGAGCUCUCCUCCUAAAAUGAUAGGUAUAGUAUUUAAUGGUCGCAGAAUAUGCGGGCCGUCAUUCGUUCUGUCCCUAUUACAUUCAGACUAUCGUUAUCACGGGACCGAUAUGCGGGGAUGUCCUUAUCGACCAAGCGCUCUGCCUUCCUCGGAGGAGGAAGCUUCCAGUAACCGAACAUACAAUAUACAAAGCACUACCGACAGCGGCGUAGUUCCUAAUCCAACAAACAAGACUGAAAACAAGGACGUUGACGAUCUAUUCGGCGGGCCAGUAUCCUUUGUAUUGCCGGAUACAGUUAAUAACUUUCACAACAAGAGCGAACGCAGCCGUUGUGGUAGAAUAUACGCAAAAUCACCUUUGGUCAUUGGAGAAGCGAUCGAGACCAUACAUUGGCCUUGGCAGGUGUUAAUAUUAAGGUCGAUAAGCGCUCAUACAUAUCAUAUGACGGACUUCAAGUAUCGGUGUAGCGGCACUCUGGUUUCGACGCGGCACGUGAUCACGGCUGCUCAUUGUCUCACGGCCCGGGGUCAGCUCAUCGAAAGAGACCUCCAAUUAAUUGUUGCAGGGCGGCACCAUUUGCACGUUCAAUUAGUUAACGAAAAGCACAUAUUUGCUGAAAUCAAAGAUAUAAAAAUUCACCCGGAGUUCGACUACCAAACAUUCAGAAACGACCUGAGCAUUGUGGAGGCUGUGGAUCGAAUAAAAUACUCUAGCUGGGUGCAGCCGGCGUGUCUCUGGCCGCAGACUCCGGUACCCGAGAAGCACCGCGCGAAAACUGGAGUGGUGGGGGGCUGGGGUUUCGAUAAGUCAGGAGAACCAAAUGAACUAUUAACUACAAUCGAAAUGUCCGAGGUGGGCACGCAGUCCUGUCUUCAAGCUCACGAUGCUUCGUUGGCGAACUACUUAACCGAUAAGGUUUACUGCGCGAAAUAUGUCAAUGGCACUAGUAACUGCCACAACGACAGCGGGGGCGGCAUGAUGGUCCGAGUGAAGAACAAAUGGUACCUGCGCGGCGUGCUCUCGUUCUACUACUCGCCCGAGCUGCAGCACGCCUGUCAGAGUCACGCCCUAUUCACGGACGUCGCCAAGCACUUGCCCUGGAUCAAACAGCACGUCUACGACUUCUUGUGAUGUCAAAGAAUAACAAUAAACGAAUACCUAAA